UGCUAACAACAAUAAAAAGAAGAAGACAGGUUUGCUGGUGUUGUUUUCCAGGGUAACUGACUGGUGUCUAUCAAAUUUUAUUUUACAAAAAUGUUGUGUGUGUUUUAAUAUCAUGUUAGCUAGCUAGCCAUCCGGACAUGGCUCGGCUGCCUGAACAAGGACGUCGACGGUCGGACUGCGACUAAUGCCUUAACCCUCCCUCCCUCGCUUGCCUUGUACCAGAGGAACCGAGAACAAGAUGCUGCUGAAGAUGCCCCAGAAGCUGCUGCAGACAGCUCACUACAUAGAGCUGGGCAGCUACCAACACUGGCCGGUGCUCAUACCCCAGAGGAUAAGGCUGUACACCUACGAACAAAUCCCCCUCUUCCUCAAAGAAAACCCCUACAUCACAGACGGCUACAGGGCUCACCUGCCCUCCAAGCUCUGCCUUAAGAGUAUUUUUAUUCUGUCCAAUGAGACAGUGAACAUCUGGAGCCACCUGCUAGGCUUCUUGCUCUUCUUCUCACUGGGGGUCAAUGACCUCUCCUCAGUACUACCAGCCUCUGGAGCUAACAGAGAAGACUACGUCAUCUACGCUAUAGGGCUGUUCUGCUUCCAGGUGUGCAUGUUGUGCUCAGUGGGAUAUCACCUGUUUUCGUGCCACCGGUCAGAGAAGACGUGCCGUCGCUGGCUGGCGUUAGACUACGCAGGCAUCUCUGUUGGCAUCUUGGGCUGUUAUGUACCUGGGAUCUUCUACGCUUUCUACUGUAACGCUUUUUGGCGACAGGUCUACCUGCUGACAGUGCUCUCCCUGAUCCUGGCCGUCUUCUGUGCUCAGGUCCACCCCCGUUACCUCAGCAAUGACUGGAGAUGGAUACGAAUGGCGAUCUUCUGUUGUGUGGCUGGCAUCAGUGUGAUUCCUGCUUGCCACUGGGUCUGGCUCACUGGAGGAUUCACAUCUGAUGUUGUACAGCUGUUCCUGCCUCGUGUGUUAGUGAUGUACCUCAUAGCUGGAUCUGCCUUCCUGUUCUACGUCACCAAAAUCCCUGAACGCUAUUUCCCUGGCCAGUUGAACUACCUGGGUGCCAGCCACCAGGUGUGGCACAUACUUGUGGUUGUGAUGUUUUACUGGUGGCACCAGACAGCUGUAUACAUCAUGCACUUCAGGCACACUCAGCCCUGCCCGACCCGCACCGCCAGCAGCAGCUAAGUGAAACUAAUCAAAUAAUGUUGUUUAAAGGAAAGGAUCAGUUGUAGGUCAGUAAACAAUUAAAACUCACUAUGUUAAUGAUGCAUUCAUAACCUUCUAACCAGUUACAGUAGCUGCUGGUUAGAAGUUACUACCUAAAGGUAUAUCAACCACUAAAUACCAAAAGCUCCUCACUAUCAGCUGCUAAAACUGAGAGUGUGACAGUAAUGAGUAGGUAUUUGUGUAUACUGAGUUGCUGAUCACUGUUUAUAUGCUGAUAAAGGCCAGCAACCUUACUGUUGCAGGCCUUUAACAGUGGAUAUCAGCUAACAGCAGCUAGGAGACUAAAAUUAUCCUGACAAAGGAACGCUAGACCAGAGCCUGUACUGGUUCCAGGCAAUUGGCUAGUCGUCAAAAGUUUAGCCUUCCUAAGUUUAGCCUUCAGGGACUGUGACCUGAUGUCAAAAGUGGUGCAGCUGCACUACAACGAAGCCCCCUGAUGGACAGAAAAUACAGCAUGCAACCCCUGAUGUUGCAUCAUAACCAGUAGAUCAAUGCAUGAAGCAGGAAUUUCUAUUCAUUUGUAGAAACAAACUGAAGUUUGGUGUUUUUAUUGAUAAUCAUGUUCUCUCUUAGUUUUUAUAGAUUGUGAUUUUUGUACAUCAUGAAACAUAAUGGCCUGCAUGAACAAACACUUUUCUGCCUAUAAUUUUGGUUGUCUUAUCUUUUUUUUUUUUUAAAGAAUAGAUUGUAUGAGUUGUUUGGAUAAAAGGUGGGAAGCACAGAACAAAAUCCAACAUUUGGGAAAGUAUUUGAAGCUUUUGAAUAAAUAGUUAAGGGUCAGUCAACACUCAGUCUGCAACAUCUGAUUAGGUACAGAACUGAAAAAAUGUUUUGUCUUUGGAACAAAUAAGGUGCCAGUUUGAACAAAAAUAAUAAAAGUGUUUUUUAGGAAUUAAAUUUAGAGACUACUGUAUGCCUUUUGGUAAAAAGUAGUUCAAAAACUUUGUUAAAAAAAAAAAAAAAAAAGCUUAAACUGUUUAACAGCAAAACAGUUUGGAUAUCACUAGACAAGAGAUUUUUUUUACAUUUGUGUGAAAUGGCCCUUUAACAGCUUCAGUUUUACCAUGAAGACAAUGAAAUUACAAUAAAGCUGACAGUUUGAUGAACAGUAGCAUUUAUGCUGUCUCUGAUUGGUCAGUUACCUGGCAUAUCAGCCAUACAUUAUCUCCUGUCAUUUGUCAUUCCUGUGGCUUCUGCUAUAAAGUCUAUCAAGGCUCGUAUGUGAAAGAUUGUUAUCUACUUGAUGCUGAUGUUUAAAUAAGGCCAGUGUAAAGUGGUUUAGAUACCAUAAAUAGUUAUUUUUCCUGAGUAUACUUUGGGACAGUUACAUAUUUUAAUGUUUAGUGUUAUGUUUUGUGUUUAUUUCUACAUAAUUUCAAUUGUUUCUGUAUUUCAUUUGCCUUAUGUUUAAAUACCUGUACUGUAUGCACACUUACUGUUACAAUCUGUUUUUGGUCAAGAGGUGAACCACAACAAAAUGAUCCAACUCAGACCAUAUCAUCUUUGCUGUUACACCUCAAAGCCAGUAUUUUUUUUUCCUUUUCAAUAGUGGGAUUUAAUAUUUUGGGAUUGAGUAAUUAAUUCAGGAUGAGAACUCUUACUGUUGCAGACUACAGAGCUGGAAAAUGUACAGUAGGUGCAAAAAGAAGUGACUUUACUUUGCCUUUUCGAGUGUGUAUUUUUAUUUUUGAACAUGACCCUCUGAUUAUCAUAAACUGCUUGAUCUCUUCAUGAAUGAACUCAUGAUUGUUUUAUCCUGUGUUUGUACUUUUCUUGAAUAUCAUUUGUAUGAUGGCACUGACUUAUGAGAUGUAUAAUAUUUAUUUCAGUGCCUCUGUGAAAAUAUAUUUUAAACAUUUUGAAUGAAUAAAGAAUGCUGGGAAAUAA